AUGCCCAACACAAAGAACCUCGAAAACAUUGCUGCUCCCGCUCAAAUGGUUGGUGGUAUGAGAGUUAAGAACCCUGAUGCCCACCGCAUUCCCUUGAAGGAAGAGGAACGCAAGGAAGAAGCCAUGAACGCUACUGAUGAAGAUGGUCGCGAAGUCCUCUCUAACGAACAACAAGCUGAAUUCGACGAACAAGAGAAGCUUCGCAUCCGUGAGCUCCAAGAGCGUCAAGCCAGAGACAUGGAGAACCACACAGCCUCCAAGAACGAGAUGAUCUCCAAGAAUGCUGGUAGCAAUGUCAAGCAACAAUUCAUCCCUCCUGCUCAACCCAGAAACAUGAACCACUAA